UAUUUUUGCUUGUCGGCCCAACCCUAAUUAAAAAAAAAAAGCCUUGUCGUUUCUUCUUCGCUCUCCGUCGCGCUUCAUAGUUCAUUCUUCCUCUCUGAUCUCUCAAAAACUCACCCAUCCUAUCGAUUUCGAUUUCGAUUUCCAGGUUUCGAUUUUCAUCAGAUGGGAACUCCAGAGUCAUCACGAGAGCCGUGCCCCGACCGUAUCCUCGACGACAUCGGCGGGGCCUUCGGUAUGGGCGCGGUCGGAGGAUCCGCCUUCCAUUUCCUCAAGGGAACGUACAACUCCCCCAAAGGCAGCCGCUUUCUCGGCGGCAAGCAAGCGGUGGUCAUGAACGCGCCUCGAGUGGGAGGCAGUUUCGCCGUCUGGGGAGGUCUCUUCUCCACUUUCGAUUGCUCAAUGGUGUACCUAAGGCAGAAGGAGGAUCCCUGGAACUCCAUCAUCGCCGGGGCUGCGACCGGCGGGUUCCUGUCGAUGCGGCAGGGGCCUAACGCGGCUGUGAGGUCGGCGCUUGUCGGUGGGGUUUUGCUGGCGUUGAUUGAAGGAGCGGGGAUUGCGUUGAAUAAGAUGAUGGCUGAGCCUCAGCAUAUGCAGAUGGAGGAGGGGAUGAUGGCUGGGAUGCCUCCGGGGAUGCAGAUGGGGCAGGUGCCGAAUCAGGGGCAGAUGAUACCACCACCACCACCACCGGAGAAUGCUUCUUCGUCGUGGUUUGGAGGUCUUUUUGGUAAGAAGAAUGAGGAGACGCAGCAAACGAGUAGCGGAAGUGAGACCAAGGUGUUGGAGAGUUUUGAUGCGCCUCCUGUGCCUUCAUUUGAGUACAAGUAAAGCUUGUCUGCUGGUGGAUACUUUUAACAGUCUUUUUAUAUUUUACCGUCGUCUUAUCAUUGUUCUUGGAACAAUGAGCACUCGGUGUCACUUUUCUCUAAGUUAUGUCUCACAACUAUCCUUGGCUUUUAAAUAAUAUAGUUUUGGAGUUUCAUUGUAAA